GAUCUACAAAUGUCAGAUGUUAAUAUGUAGGUAGGUAGUAGGGAGAGAUUGAAAGAACUACAAUGGCAGUAAAGCUCCACAAAGGAUUUCCACUUUUAAAUAUUCGCACUGCUUUUGUUUCAUUAAUCAUUGUUGUGCUGAUGAUGUUAUGGCGAACGACAGGACAUUAUGACAGCUAUUUCAGGCGUUAUACGUCAAAAGAAAGCGCCAGAAUCUAUAUUCCAAGACAUCCAACAAAAGGCAAACCAAACAUAAUUUUCAUACUGGCUGAUGACUACGGGUGGGACGACAUCGGCUAUCACAACUUAUUUAUACGCACGCCAAACCUUGACAGCCUGGCAUCAGAGGGAGUUAAGUUGGAGAACUACUAUGUCCAACCUAUAUGUAGUCCGUCAAGGGAGCAACUAAUGACAGGCAGGUAUCAGAUUCACUAUGGGCUACAACACGGCGUGAUCAGAAACGACCGUCCUCAUGGUCUUCCACUGGAUGAAGUGACCUUACCGCAACAAUUAAAAAAGAACGGAUACUCGACAUACAUGGUUGGCAAAUGGCAUCUAGGGUUCUGCAAAAAAGAAUACAUGCCGUUACACAGAGGGUUUGAUAAAUUCUAUGGUUUUUUAACAGGCAGUGAAGAUUACUGGACACACCGCAGACCCACAAACAAAAAAGGGUAUCGUGGCUUAGACCUAAGAGAUCAGGAUACGCCUGUUCUGGAUCAAAAUGGCACAUACUCAACACACUUGUUCGCCCAAAAGGCAGCUGAGAUGAUCAAAAAGCAUGAGCAGACAAAGCCUAUGUUCCUGUACUUGUCAUUUCAAGCGGUUCAUGGGCCACUCCAGGUGCCCGAGGAAUAUUUGAAGAAUUACAUGGAUGUAAGGGACCCCAUUAUGCGAACGUAUGCAGCACAGGUGACAGCAAUGGAUGAAGCUGUUGGGAAUGUUACAGACGCCUUAAAAAGUGGUGGACUUUGGGACAAUACUGUACUUAUAUUUUCAACAGAUAAUGGUGCCAGGGAACUUGCAGGAAGUAACUGGCCGCUGAGAGGUUGGAAGAACACCCUGUGGGAGGGAGGAGUACGAGCUGUCGGUUUUGUCAACAGCAACCUGUUGGAGGAAAAGGGGAGAAUCAGUGAUGCUCUUAUCCAUAUCUCAGAUUGGUUUCCUACUUUACUUCGCAUUUCCAACGGAUCUACAUCUGGUACCAAGCCUCUGGAUGGAUUUGAUGUCUGGGAUGCUAUAAGCAUUGGCAAGACGUCACCAAGAAAGGAAUUGCUUCAUAACAUUGACCCGUUUUACGAUGCACAGAUGAUUUCGUAUUCAGCUAUGCCUCAUGAUAACAUUAUCAACACAUCCGUGUAUGCUGCCAUUCGAUCUGCGGACUGGAAGUUACUGACAGGAUACCAGGGAGCUGGCUGGAUGCGUCGACGUCCAACCUACGAUGGUUUUGAAGAGUCGGCAGAUCCACCCGACAAGCACCUCUGGUUGUUUAACAUUCGCAGUGACCCACAGGAGCGAACAGAUCUGUCAAAAAUACACCCUGAUAUUGUGCAAGACCUGCUGGAGAAGCUUGCGAGAUACAACAAAACAGCUGUACCCAUAUUUUGGCCAGAUCCUGAUCGAAGGGUCAAUCCUCAAUUACACGGGGAUGUUUUUGGACCUUGGUUGUAAAAGACGAUAAAAAGAUACUUUAAUACGUUGUCCAAAUACACAAGAGAAAUGCAAUAGCAUAACAUAAAAUGAUAUAAGAUAUGCUUUAGUACCAUCGUUACAGUGCUGUAAUAGAGCACGUUAACCCUCUUUAGAUGGGGAAGGGGGGGGGGGGGGUGAGGCCCACUACAACUUUCA